AUGAAAUAUGCAAAAACAAAAUUAAUAGAUCCUUUAAAAGAUAAAAGAGAUGAAAAUUUUAUUCAAUUAAAAUCUAACACAUAUUUUUUUGAAAUAUUCAAGAAAAAAAAAUAUAAAAGUGACAUAAUAAUACCCCAUAGUAUAAUAUUUGAAUCUGGAAAUCCAACAAAUUGGUUUUUUAAUUCCAAAAAUCAUAAAACACCCCUCAUAUUGACAAAAAACACCGAAAAAUUAAAUUUAUUAGAAAUAUGCAAAUUUUUAAUACAUCCUCCAAUACCAAAAGAAUAUAGAAUAGAUAAUUUAUCGUCGUUAACUGAUUAUUGUAAAAAAAAUCAAAGCCAUGUUCCUGUUUGCUUUAUACGAUAUAUAGAUAAAAAAACCGAAAUAAUUAAUAGCCGAGAUUUAGUUAAACUUUUUGUUGAUGGAAAACAAGGAAGUAGUGUUUCUGUUAUUUAAUAAUAUUUAAAUCAUAAUAUUGCAGAUGUCGAUAAUAUAUUAGAUCCUAAAUCUAAUGAAGUUUUUUAUGUGGAAUAUAGACAUGAUGAAAAUACUGUUCCUUUAAAUUUCAAGUUUUAUAAAAAAUCAAUUAUUAUAAAAAAAAGUAAGAAUUAAACUCCACUGUAAUUAUAAAAAAAGUAUAAUGAAGAGGAAACAACUAAAAAAGAAACUAAUAAAUAAAUUGCAAAUAUUACCUAUUUUAGGAGUUUUAAUUAAGGCCUAAAUAAUAAAUUAACUGAAGUAAAUUAAAAUAUAUAUAUUUAAAUAUUUCUUUUAAUAUUUUUAAUAAAGAUUACAUUAAAAUUAGUUGAAUUUAUUGAAAAAUCUUAUAAAUUAAAAAUAAGAAAAUUUGUUCCAAAAUAUUUAGUAAAUAUAAAUAAUGAACCUUUUUUUAUUGGAAUCAAAUAUUUUUAUAUUGAAGUAUAUUCAUACGCUCCGUAUGAUUUCGAAGUUAUAAAAGAAUCAAAAGAUAUGGAUUUUAACGAAUUUUAUAAAAUAACAAAAUAAACAAAAAGGCCUUGUCCAAUAAAAGUAAAUGGAUUAUAAGUUGAAUUACCAAAAUAAAUACACUAAGAUGAUAAAACAUAUUCAUCAAUUCUUUAUAAAAAAAUGCGAAUUGAAAAAUGUGGAGGAGAUUUUUGCAAUUAUGAAAUGUUAGAAAAGAAUAAUGGACCUUUAGCAAUGUAAAUGUUUAGUAUAGAAGAUUAAAAAAAAAAAAUAUAACUUAAUUAAACCAAAAACAUUGAUAACAUAUCAAUAUCUCUUCCUUACGAAAUCUCAAACUAACUAGUAUUAAAAACUCGGCAAAACUCAAGCGAAGUAAUCUCAAUUUUAUUAAAAAAUAAAAUAUUCUAAUCUGAUUCUUCUAUUGUAAAAUAAAAAUAUGAAUACUAAAACGAUGAAAAUUUCAAGAACAUUGAUGAGAGUACAGAAUAUCCAUUUAAAAACAAGAAUAAGUAGGCUGACAAUUACGAAAACCUAUAUAAAAGAAUUAAAAUAUGCAAACAAUGUUUCGUAAUAUAUUCCUUAGUAACGAAACACUUUGAAAAACAACAAAAAUAAAUUCAAAAAGAAAGUAUAAUGAGCUCCAAAUCAUAGACGUAUUUUUAAACUCAAAAGCAAUUCAAAAUUGGAAUUACUCAUAAACCUAAUAGAGUUUGCUCGAAAAUUUCUAAAAAUCCAAGCGUUUAUAAAGACAGUGAAAUAGAAACUUAGCAUAAGAUGAUUUUAACUUAAUAUAUUCCUUCUUAAAAAUAUAAAUUACUUAUAAAUUCAAGAAAAGAUAUUGAAACAAAUAGACUCACUUUAGGUUUUUAUAUCAUUAUUUAUUCUUUUUAAACUAAAAAAUAAAAAAUAGAUAGUUAGAUGAGGAAAGCACUUUAGAAUAAACUUGAGUAACAUAUAAAUCUUUAGUAGAAUCCUUAUUUAAUAUAAACCGCUAGUCUAUAUUAUAAUCAUACAAAUUUUUAACACUUAAGAUAACUAUCUAAAUUUAAAGUAAAUUUUUUGAAAAAUAAAAUAAAAAAUAUGUAUAUGUUUGUUGUUGUCGUCGGAUAUUUAUAUAAUAAAUACCAAAUUUAUUAUAUUAACAAUAUUUAAAUUUAAUUUUUAAUAUAUAAGCUUUCUUCGCCAAUAAAACCUUUUUAUGAUGAAUUAGAUAUAUCUUUUUUACCUUCAAUUACUUUAGAUUAAGUAUGUAAUUAAAUGGGUUACGAAAUGCCUUCUUAACAAAACACUUAGGACAUGAGUUUUUUAAUAAUUGACGAAAGUACAGCUAUUCCUUAUUGUUUAUUAUAAGAAAAUAUUACAAACGAAAAUUAAAAUACUAAUAAUAUUAAAGUAGCUAAUUAGUAAAGCAAGCUUGCUGGAGAUUAAGAUGAAGAAGAAAAUAAACAAAAAUCUUAUGAUAUAAUUGUAUUUUUGCAUGAUUUCUUUGAUAGUUUUGUAGAAUAUAGGCAUAUUUUUUAAUAAAUAAUAAGCUUAAAUUAAAAUACUAAAGUUUUGCUUUUAAACUUACCAGGAUAAGCUUAUACUAUAUUCAAUCAAGAUUUAAUUUAUACAAAUAUAUUUUAAUUAGAAGUUAUUGAUAAAUUAAUAUUUAAAUUAAAUGAAGAAAAACUCAUUAGUACUUAAUAUGAUAAAUUUAAAUUUAUAGGAUUUGGAUAUGGAGGUUUCAUUCUAUAAAGUUAUAUGGUUUGUUGCUAUGGAAAUUUACCUAAUUUGAAUUCAUUACUUUUAAUAAAUUCAUUUGCUGAAGUAGAUAAUAUUUUAAAAGACACCCUUACAAAAUCCCUUGAAAUAUUUGAAAGUUGUCCUGAAGAUAUGAACGAUUUGGCUUUCAAUUAUUUCUCCGUAAUUGUAAAUUCGAAUGCUCUUACAGAUGAAUAACUUAAAAAUAAAAUGGAAAAUAAUCCUAUACUAAACUAAGGUAGGAUAACGAUAAUUAAAGGAAUCCUAUAAUCUUAUAUUAUGAAAGAUAGAUUCGAAAAAGUGGCUAUACCUUGUUUUAUAGUACAUUCAUUGAAAAAUUGCGUUGUAAAUAUUAAUUAGAGCGAAUUUUUGUUAAAAUCAAAAAAAGAUGAAAAUUAAAAUUUCUAAGCUAACUUGAUGAUGAAAAAGUUAAAUGAAAAAAAAUCAAUAAGAAAAAUUAAAUAUGUUAAUGGAGGACACUCUAUGUUAGAAUAAAGAACUUAAAAAAAUAUGUCUCAAAUAUUAAUAUCAUCUCCAUUCUGUUAAACAUUUUCAUUUUCAAUAAAAAGCCCAACAACUCCUUUGGAAAUCCUCUUUUCCCAUCUUAAAGACCUGAAAACCAAAAUAUUGGAGCACCUAGACACAAAUAAUUUAUUUUUUACACUAAAUAACAAACCAAUAUUAGGCACAUUAGUCUUAAAUAACCAAAAUAACCUCCAAAAUUUAAAAAUAUUUCCUAAGUUAAAUGGAGGUAAAGGUGGUUUUGGUUCUUAAAUGAAAAAAGAAGCUAUGUCCCAAAAAAAAAUAACGAAUUGGGAUGCUUCUCGAAGUUUGGAUGGACGAAGAAUCCGUGACAUUAAUAACGAAAAAAAUCUGAUAAAAUUUUACAAGAAAUAAAAAUAAGAACAAGAAAAAAUCGAUAAGGAACUUGAAGAAUAUAAAGAAAUGCAAAAAAUAAAUGGAGAAAAAAACUUUGGUUAUGUUGUUAAAAAUGACUAUAAAGAAAAAUGCGAAAAAGAGAUGCUUAUCUUAAAAAUGAACUCAUGA